UAGAGGUUUAACCAAACUUCCAAAGCUCACACAGAAACUAGAGAUAGAGUUUAAAGUUUAUUUCUUGAGUCCACUUAAUAUUUUGCAUAUACAAUAACAAAAGAUCAGUUUCUGGUAGAUUAACCUCAGCUGUUCGGUGGAGAUUUCUUUGGACGCAGUGACUUCCAUCAUGGAGAAAUCCAGGAACUUUUGCAUUGACGCGCUGCUGGCGCACGACGCGGAGCAGAGGACGGACAGCGACGGUGCGUCCCCGGGCUUGUACAGCAGGAGCCCCGGCGACAGUCCGCGGUCAACCCGCGGCUCCGAGACGCCCUCCCCGCAUCCAAACCCGAUCAACUCCUCUCCAGCUCCCCCGGGACUCCUGCACAAAUCCCAGCUCUUCAAUUUGUCCCAGCCGGGAUUCACUGCUCUGCACCAAGGGGGUCUCUUCGGAAUGCACCCGGGCUCCAUGUACCCUCUGGCGGCCUUCGGAGGCCAGCACCCCGCCUUCAUAUACCCCGGCUUUACGCAGCUGAUGCAGCCGUACGCGGAGCAGCACAAGGGGGCCAGCAUGACGGGGACUCUGCCGCUGGAGCCCUGGAUCAGAGCCGGGUUCAUGAUUCCCAGAUUUGGAGAAUAUGGAGUUCCAGGCCAGGCAGGUUUGUUGGGGAAGUGUCGGAGGCCCAGGACAGCGUUCACCAGUCAGCAGCUGCUGCAAUUAGAAAACCAGUUCAAGCUCAACAAGUACCUGUCCAGGCCUAAACGCUUCGAGGUGGCCACUUCGCUAAUGCUGACUGAGACUCAGGUUAAGAUCUGGUUCCAGAACAGACGUAUGAAGUGGAAGAGAAGCCGCAAAGCCAAGGAACAAGCAGCCCUGACUUCCCCACUGACUGAUGCGGAGAGAAAUGGGAUGGAUAUGCACAGUGCAAAGCCUCAGGGGGACUCGCACAGCUCCAGCCUUGAAGAUGAAGAAGAGCUAGAAGGGGAGGAUGAUGAUGAAAAAGAGGAGAUGGAGGUGCUGAGGGCAGGAUCUGCAGGUUUCAUGAGGCACGCCGUAGGAGGAACAGGGAAAUACAGCACUUAUUCACAGGAGGAGCUGGAGGAGGGAGGCCCAAGAACGAGAAGUGGGGUUUUCCCAUAGCGUUGAAGUCCUGCAUGCUUUUAUUGCAUGUGUUUUUAUGUUUAUUACUCUUGAGAAGACAAUACACAAUGCAAUCAGGAGCACAAACAUGGUUCGCAUGGAAAGGAUCAUUCAUUUUUUACAGCCUGACCCAUAGAAACAUAUUUUUAUCUGUCGCUCCUGAUAUAGCAGAAAAGGACGUUGACAUCUGCACUUAGGCUGAUGAAAUCAAACCGGGAUGACGCCGUCUUUGUGCACCUGGAGAUUUAAUGGUUCAGUGGCCACUUAUGAGACUUCAGAAUCAAAAAUAUUUCCAAUAGGUUUAUGGUGUGCAUGAUUUGCCUGUGUUUUACAAACAAAAGCUGUAAACUGCAAUAAACCCAUUAAUACAUGAAUGUACAUGUACUGAUAAUGUAUGAAUAGGGGGUGGCGGCACUUUUAUGGAAGGGAGAGGUUGAAAAGACGUAAAACUUUACUUGGAGCUGUUGUAAGGAGUGUCAGUGUUACAUUGUUAUCAGGGCUUCCUGGUCUGUUACAAAUACUGGACACAUAUUUGACUAAUAUUGACUUGGAUUUACAGGCAAUACUAAGGUAAAGUUUUAUGGCAUUAUAAUUGGUAUGACAAGAAAAAUGCUACUCAGGUUAUUGUUGUACUUUUUUUAUGGCUAUAUGGUCAUGGAUUUGUGUUUAUUAAUAUCGAGCUCUUUGUUUUGUAUUAUCUGUGAAACUGCAUGCUAUAUUUAGUUGAAGACACACACACACACACACACACACA